UAUGCCACAUUUUUUGCUGCCGUAUUCUGUUACCUCUCAAGUAUUUUCAGACGUCACCUCGUCGCCAAAACCCUGCACCGUCUCUCAGUCAGUCAGCUCCGCCAUGACACCAAACUUAAAACCCACAAGCCACCUCUCUCUCUCUACCUCUUUGCUCAAGAAAGUUCUAAUCUUUAGCUUACUCAAAAUAUAACAGGGUUGUUUGUUUGUUAGAUUUAAUGGAGAAGACAAUGGAUGAUUUGAAACUAGCAGAUUUAAAGAAAGAAUUGAUGAGAAAAUCAGUUGAUCAAGUACAUGCACAAGCCUCUUCAUUUUUCUUGUUGACUCUACAAUGGAAAGAUUUAGAGGCUCAUUUUGAUUUGGCUAAGAGUGAUUUACUUAAGCAAGCUCAAGAACUUGAUUGGAAAGAGAAAAAAUUGAUGGAAAAUGUUCGAGUUCUUGAGGAACGUGAUCAGGAGAUUGAGGUUAAGUUAAGUAAGGCUAAAGAAGUGUUUGAUGAGGCUGAAACAAAGGAAAAAGAAUUGGAGCAAUGUAGGUUAGAGUUGAGUUCAACAGAAGGGAAACUGAAUUUGGCUCGAAAAGAGGUUGAUGAUUACAAUUGGACACUUAAGGCGAAAACGGAGCAGUUAGGGGUAGUGAAGAAGGAGGCUGAGAGUUGCAAUAAGGAUCUUACUGUGAAAAACAAGCAAUUGGAUAUGGUUCAGAAAUUGUUAGAAGAACGAAAUGUGGAGCUUGAGUCGAAGGAAGUUAAGUUGGGUUCUGUUUGUACGAAGCUUGAGGAUUGUUCGAAGGAGCUUUCUUUGAAAAAUGAGCAGUUAAGGUUAGUGCAUAAGGAGGUUGAGGAUUGCAAUAAGGAUCUUACUGUAAAAAACAAGCAAUUGGAUAUUGUUCUGAAAUUGUUAGAAGAACGGAAUGCGGAGCUUGAGUCGAAGGAAAUUAAAUUGGGUUCGGUUAAGCUUGAGGAUUGUUCAAAGGACCUUUUUUUGAAAAAUGAGCAGUUGAGGUUAGUGGUGAAGGAGGCAGACCAGGCAAAAAUUGUGGUUACAGGCCUUAAUGAUGAACUUGAGCUAAAGAAGAAGGAAUUGUGUGAAAUGAGGAUCUUGAUUAAAGAUUAUAGUGGUGAACUUUAUUCAAAAGAGAAGCAGUUGGAAAGGCUUCAGGUUUUGACUGAAGAUUGUUCUAGUGAUCUUGAAUUGAAAAAGAGAAAACUGCGUGGAAUUGAAGAUUCAAUUAACCAGUGUUUGAAUCAGCUUGAUUUGGAAAAGAAGGAACCUGAUUCAACCAAGAAAAUACUGAAGUCCUACCUGGAUAAGAAUAAAUUGAAAGAGGAAGAACUGAGUAAACUCGAUAAGUUGAUUGAGGAGAAAUCGAAAGCUCUUUGCUUAAAAUUGAAACAUAUUGAUUCAAUCAAAGUGUUGAUUGGGGAGUACACUGAAGAACUUCAGGCAAAAGAAAAUGAAUAUGAUGCAAUGAGGAAAUCUGUCGAUGGUUGUUCUGAAAAGCUGUCGUUGAAAGAGACAGAGCUCAGUAGAGUCCAGAAACUAAUUGAGGAAAGCUCAAAAGAUCUCUAUUUACAAGAGAGAAAUCUUGAUUCAAUCAAACUGUUGAUUACUGAGAGCACCGAAGAACUUGAAAUGAUAGAGAAUCUGUAUGAUGCAAUGAAAAUUUCCAUCAGUGAAUGCUCUGAGAAGCUGACAAUGAAAGAAAGUGAACUGGAGUUAAUUGAACAAUCUGUUAACGAGCAGUCAAUAAACCUUUUGUCAGAAGAGAGGAAAUUACGCCGCGUCCAAAUGUCUCGAAAACAGUAUGCCGAAAAACUUGAAUCGAAGAAAAAGGAGCUUGAUUCAGUUAACAAAACAAUGAGGUCGUAUUUUAAAGAUCUCGAGUUGAAAGAGAGGGAAUAUAAUGCUAUUCGAGAAUGCAUUAGAGAACGUAAUGAAGAGCUUCAUUUGAAGGAGAAGCUACUGAAAUCAGUUCAAACAUCAAUCCUAGAGCACAGUAAGGAGCUUGAAGCUUUGAAGAUGCAAAAAAUCUCUGUCGAAAAAUCAGUUGUGGAGUGUUCUGAUGGACGUAUCAAGGAGUUGGAAUUGAAAGAAAAACAACUUAAUUCCAUACAAAAAUCCGUUGAGGAACGUAGUAAUCAACUGAACCUGAAAGAGAAACAAUUGAAUAAUUGUCUUUCUUCUCAAACAAUGAUUAUGCAAUCUGAUGAAUUCCACAGUAUCCGACAUACUUUUUCUCAGCAUAGGCAGGCACCUGAACUAGAAGAGGCUAUUCGAAAUUCUGAGAAUUUACCUGAUACUGUUUUUCAGCACAGACAGGCAUCUGAACUACAAAAGGAUUUCCGAGCUGGUUCAAUAAAAAGAGAAAAUUGUGAAUCUAUCAACGAGCUUGAAUUAGGAGAAGAGCCUCGAAUUCCAGAGAAUUUGUCUGGGAACAUAAAAAUUGAACAAUUGGAACUUUUAGGCAACAGUAAUCAGUUGCAUACUCCAUUUGCAAAUUGUCAGUAUGGUGUGGCAACUGGCGAAAGAAAUUGUACUUCAGUCCUAGAGGAGGACAUCGGUGGGCAUGAUUUGAAGCCCCAUGAAGUUCUAGAUGCCCUUAAGAUGUCACCAGAACCAGCAAGAUUUGUUUUUAAUGUGAUUGAAGAAUUGUAUUCCCAGCAGCAGAGAAAUAUAAGUUCAGAAGUUGGCGGCAUGAGUAUCGUCAAAAGUGAGAUUCUAUUAUUGGAGCAGCUGAUGAAAGUCUCGCCAAAAAUUAGUCCUCAGUUGAAAGAAGAAGCUAAACAACUGGCUGUUUCCUGGAAAGCAAAUAGAAGAUUGGAGAAUGAGAAUUCAAUGGAAGUUUGGGCAUUUUUGUUGUUUUCGCUGAUAUAUGGAUUUGUCUUUCAUUUUGGAAGAGAUGAAAUUUUCAGACUUGUCUCGUUUGUUGCUCAUCGUAAACAGGCCCCUGAUAUAUGUCGAGCCCUUGGUUUCAGAGAUAAGAUUCCUGAGAUUAUUCAGAGUCUUAUCGAACGGAGUCAGUACAUAGAGGCUGUUAGAUUUAGUUGCACAUUUGAGUUGAUCGACAAGUUUCCACCGGAAGUCAUGUUGGAACAAUACAUGGAGAAUAUAUGGACAGGCGACAAAAUGGAUUUGCCGAAAGCAGAGGCAUGUGCCAAUGCUAUACAUAAAGAAGUAACUGCUCUUCAGUCUAUAUUAGAAUGCAUAUCAGAGUGCAAGUUCGAAUCCAGAUUUCUAACUCCGAAUAUAAACCGUCGCAUUUCCGAGCUAGAGAGGCAAAUGGCGAGCAGUGUAAGCACUUCACCGACUCCUGCCCUUAUUUCUCGACCACAACCAAAACCACAGAGUGGAAAUUACCAUCCUAUUCCGAGGAGUAAGCCGUCACCUGCUACUGUGCUGCAACAACACACGAAGCGUCCUAGGAUGGAUGAUAUAUCAGCAGGCAAACCCAAUUCAUCUAACAAAAAAUGAAACCAUUUCUGACAUGUAGUUGUAGUUUGACAUAUUCUGAAAAAGUUUAGCUAGAUCUUCUCUCAGUAGAAUGUAUAAAUUUGAAAAAUCUACUUAUGUUUGUAAAUACUUGUACAGAAAACACCAACAUUUUCAAGAAUUUGCAUCUGUUUUGUAUGGUUAAUGCCAUUUUCACUUCAUUUGUACUU